UAUUUUAGUCUAUAUAUAUGAAGAAUUUUGAAUCAGCUUGAAUUCUUGAGAAUAUCAAAUUAUGUUUUGCCUGGUCAUGUCAAUUUCCUUAUACGGGAAUCUUUUAUGUCUAGGGGUCUGUAACAUAGAUACUUCUAAUUGAAGGUUAGAGUGCAAACAUAAUGAGUUGAUUAUCAUAACUGGGACUAGCCUAUAUUAGCAGAAGGACCUUCUGCUGCUGAGUACUGAAGUUGAGUUCAAAAAAGCAAGAAAAUGAAACCAAAGACUGGUUUUGAACUCAUUCUGAAUUAUUCUAGUCAAUGCCAUAAGGAAAAAUUGCAAACUGAGUCAAGUGCAGGUGCAAAUGCAGCUUCUAGAGCAAACACAAUCUUUUCUGCCAAUGAUCCUCUAUCUGAAAUAGUUUGGACUCCAGAUAAAGGUUUCAGUCUUAAAUGUGUUGAUUCAAGUUUUACUAACAAAAAUACCUCGCUUUUGCGCGAUGUUGAACCUAGUAGUAUGGUUCUUGCUCUGCUACAAAGUGUUACUUGUGCCACAGAUAAACCUGUAGAAGAUGUUUUGGUGCAACCUCUUGCUGUUAUAUGCGCAAAGAGUGAUGUUUCUUCAACAGAUACUCCUGCUAGGAAUUCAAGAAGCGAUUCAGUUGCCAUCUUUCCAGAAUAUACGCCAUAUCAAGAACAUGAUACAGGAUCUGGUGAUAAUUUGGAGAAAAUUAACUCUGUUGGAGGAACAUCUGAUUUGGCAAAUGGUCAAAAGGAGAAUUUAAUGAACCAUUGGGAGAAGAAUAUUUGUGCUCAAGCCUGCGUUGAAAUUGAAGCAGCUAAAAUAUCUGAGAUAAUGGAAGAGGAAAACAAAUCUUCUACUAUUUCAGGUCAGAUCAACCAAAGUCCAGUUGGUAAUUCACAAGUUCAUCAAGAUGGGUCUAAACUUAGCAUGGAACAAAAUCCUUCUCCAAGGAAACAUUACAAAGAAUGCUUCGACACUAGUGUUGACAACAUGGUGGUUGAAAUAGAAGAUGGCUCAUAUAAUAGAGUUGAACACAUGAUUGAAGAUAAAGGUUCUAAUCCUCUAGGAACAUAUUUGAUAUCAUCCGGCAUUAAUCAUUCGGAAAAAAUGGAUCUAACUUCACAGAAAGACUUACAAACUUUCAGCUGUAAAGCAGCUAUUUCUGCAGCAACAAGCAGAAUUCUUGUUUCAAAAUCCAACGAUAACAAAAACGAAUCCAAGGUGAAUGAGACGAUGCUACCAUACAAUAAGAAUGAGAGUCAUCUAAGUUUUGAAAACUAUCAAAAUACUGGAUUGUUUUUGGCAAGUAGGAAGCGAUCCAAACAAGAAGUGAUAAUCGGGAGUAAAAGAGUCAAAAUGCAAAUUCAAGAAACUUCAUCAUAUUCUAAAUCCUAUGUUAAUCAUCAUAGCUCAUUCAUGAACUUGGUUUCUAACAUGACUAAAGGAUACUCACAAUCUAGUCAAGAUGAGGAGAAGUCUUUGGCUCUUGCUCACGAAAAUCCUGAUCGCCACCUUCGAUGGCCUUACAAGGGUCAAUCUCCGGAGCUUAAAAAUUCAUUCAAAUCCAAUUUUCAGUCCACUUAUUGUCAGUGUUUUGAGAAUGUUGGAACAAGAAUGUCUCAUCAAGUAGGAGAGUCUUCAAGCAAUAGCCUCUGCAGAUGGUGUUCUUCUUUACAUCCUCAGGUUGAAGAGACUAAAGAACAAUAUGCUGAUAACCAAUUGGUCAUUGAGACUAAAAAGUUACAGAAUUGUUUUAUCAACAAAGAGGCUUCUUCUUCCAUUGGUCUUAAAGAUGAGAAGGGAAACAAUGAGGACAUAUCUAAGCAUAAGUUUAACAAUGUUACGCCUUUUUCGAGAUUGAGAGAUUCAGAGGCAAUGGUUUCCAUGUUUGCAAAGAGGUUAGGUGCCAUCAAACAAUGCCAACAAACAGAAUAGUCUACCACACAGGAAGACAUCAUGGAACAGGCAUUACCUCAACUCAUUUAACGUUGGUGUUGUUAUUCCAACUAGAGAUUUCACAGAAAAAAUCAAAAUAAGAAAAGGACAGGUUUCUGGACAAAAUAAAUAUCAUUAAACACAUGAGUUUAUUCAAUCUGUGAUAAGACAAUUUUGUAUUAUUUUAUACAUUCUUGAAUUGUAUAUGAAAGUCAGCUUACAUUGAAGAUAUAUAUGUUGUACCUACCCAAUAUACAAUUCCAUUUUUUAAUUGUUUCUA